UUUCGAAGGAAGUUGCGGGAACUUAUUCGUACGAGAAGUUAGCUCUCUUAAUUUGGGAUAAAAUCAUGCUAUUUGUUGUCAUAAAACAAAUUAGUUAGAAGGAUUGUUGCUGGGAGCUGUUCCGGCUUUGGAGUAAACGAAACUCACGAUGGAUCCCAAACGAAAGCCACCCAUUUCUGCCGGUCCGAAAUCCAAAAGAGCACGGAAUGAUUUUGAAGACGACCCCUCAACAUUCGAGGAGGAACUGGCCCUUCUUGAGAUGGUAGAGGCGGAGAUGUCGCAAGCUUCAUCAACUGGUUCACAACAGUCCAUGCCAUCAUUUAAGAGUACCACAACGGGCAGGGCACCAGCUCAAUCUAUGCUGUCAAAGUUCUGGAAUCCAAAAUGGCCGCGUCCGGAAUUGCCCAAGCUAAAUCCAAACGAGGACAGCAUUGUCUUUCAACAGAUUGACUUGGAACAUUACAUAGGUACCCCGCUCAAAGGCAUGCCUGGUUCCACGCAAGGCCCGGUACCAAUCAUCCGUAUGUUUGGGAUCACAGCAGAAGGCCACAGCAUCAUGUGUCACAUCCAUGGAUUCUCGCCGUACUUCUACGUUCCGGCACCGGAUAAGUUUGACCCCUCCCACUGUCGCUCGUUCCAAGAUGCCUUGAACAAAGUUGUCUUGAGUGUUUUGAGAUCGAACAAGGAUAACAUCUCGCAGGCCGUGCUGGCGGUGGAACCCGUAACAAAAGAAAGUAUUUACGGUUACCAUGGACCGAACGGUAUGCGGCCAUUCCUGAAGAUCACUUUAGCUUAUCCUAAGCUGAUUGCACCGACUAAGCGCAUUCUGGAGGAGGGCUUCACUGUACCCAACCUGUAUACCCACAGAGGAUACCAGACUUAUGAGAGUAACAUUGACUUUGAGAUUAGGUUUAUGGUCGAUAAUGAUGUUCUGGGUUGUAACUGGAUUAAAAUACCGGCCACUAAGUAUCAGGUCCGAACCCAGAAGACCUCCCCAGCGCCCGUCUCUCAAUGCCAGAUGGAGGUGGAUAUCGCGUUUGAUCAGUUUGUCAGUUAUCCAGCGGAAGAUGAAUGGCAGAAGGUGGCACCGUAUCGAAUCUUGAGUUUUGAUAUCGAGUGCGCUGGGCGUAGAGGUGUCUUUCCCGAGGCUAGCAAAGAUUCUGUUAUCCAGAUUUCCAACAUGGUGAUCCGACAGGGUGAGAGGGACCCGUUUAUCCGCAACGUCUUCACUCUUAAUACCUGCGCGCCAAUCGUUGGAUCCCAGGUCUUGUCGUUCAGCAAGGAAGCAGAUAUGCUGAAGGCAUGGUCAGAGUUCGUCAAGGCCAUUGACCCCGACAUCCUGACCGGUUACAACAUCCAGAACUUUGACCUCCCGUAUCUCAUUAAUCGGGCGGCCGCGCUGAAGGUGACCUCCUUCCCGUUCUUCUCGCGCAUCCACGAGUCACGGAGCUGCAUCAGGGAGUCGACGUUCCAAUCCAAGCAGAUGGGCAAACGCGAGAAUAAGAUUAUCAACAUCGAGGGCAGAGUUCAGUUUGAUCUUCUUCAGAUUCUUCAGCGUGACCAUAAGCUACGGUCGUACCGUCUGAACGCUGUCAGUUACCACUUCCUUCAAGAACAGAAAGAAGACGUGCAACAUUCAAUCAUCACAGAUCUACAGAAUGGCAAUGACCAGACAAGGCGUCGCCUCGCAGUGUACUGCCUCAAAGACGCCAUGCUCCCGCUACGCCUGCUGGACAAACUAAUGUGUAUCAUCAACUACAUGGAGAUGGCUAGAGUAACAGGCGUACCUUUGACAUAUCUUCUCUCCAGAGGGCAGCAGAUUAAGGUCGUCUCGCAGCUCUUGAGAAAGGCCAAGGAACAAGACCUCGUCAUGCCCGCUCAUAAGAUAGAGGCAGGUGAAGAUUACACUGGUGGCUACGUAAUCGAACCCAAAAGAGCGUAUUACAAGACGCCGAUCGCCACGUUGGAUUUCUCAUCCCUAUAUCCCUCCAUUAUGCAAGCUCAUAAUCUUUGCUACACCUCGUUGUUAUCACCAAGCCAACGAGAAAAGAUGACGGCAGAUCAGUUCAUCAAGACACCUUCAGGGAACUACUUUGUCAAGAGUAGCAUCAGGAAAGGCAUCUUGCCCGAGAUUCUUGGUGAUCUACUCGGCGCAAGGAAAAGAGCUAAGGCUGACUUGAAGAAGGAGACGGACCCCUUGAAGAAAAAGGUUUUAGACGGUCGCCAGUUGGCACUAAAAGUCAGUGCUAACUCGGUAUACGGCUUCACUGGUGCCCAGGUUGGGAAACUACCGUGCCUAGAAAUCUCACAGAGCGUGACAGCUUUCGGCCGAAUGAUGAUUGAAAAGACGAAACAGCUCGUUGAAGAUUCGUAUAAUAUAGCAAAAGGAUAUAAGCAUGACGCAGAGGUGAUAUAUGGCGACACUGAUUCCGUGAUGGUGCGGUUUGGAGUGGACACCGUAGCCGAGAGCAUGGCGUUAGGAAAAGAAGCGGCUCUUAUGAUAUCUGAUACCUUCCAAAAACCUAUCAAACUAGAAUUUGAAAAGGUUUAUUUUCCGUAUCUACUGAUCAACAAAAAACGUUACGCGGGUCUGUACUACUCGCGACCAGACACCUACGACAAGAUGGACUGUAAAGGUAUCGAGACGGUACGCAGGGACAACUGCCCUCUGGUGGCCAACUUAAUCAACUCUUGCCUACUCAAGAUCCUUAUUGACAGGGAUCCUGAUGGUGCGGUAGGCUUCGCAAAGCAGACGAUUUCCGACCUGCUUUGUAAUCGCGUCGAUAUUUCCCAGCUCGUAAUUACGAAGGAGUUGACUAAGACGGGAGAGGAGUAUGCAGGGAAGCAGGCCCAUGUGGAACUGGCUGCGAGAAUGCGUAAGCGUGAUCCAGGCAGUGCCCCUGCCCUCGGGGACAGAGUGCCUUACGUAAUCAUUGCAGGAGUCAAGGGAGCAGCCGCAUGGGAGAAAUCUGAGGACCCCAUCUACGUGUUGGAAAACAACAUCCCUAUAGACACACACUACUACUUGGACAACCAGCUCAAGAUGCCCUUGUUGAGAAUAUUUGAACCCGUAGUUGGUGAACACCGAGCGUCCAACGUUCUAUUUAAGGGAGAACACACCCUAGCCAAGACCAAAGUGACUUCCAAGAUCGGCGGUCUGAUGGCGUUUACAAAGAAACGAAGUACGUGCAUCGGCUGCAAAACACCUCUGGAGAAAGUCAACAUGGCCAUCUGUAAACACUGCAAAAAAAUUGAGUCCGAGAUCUACCAAAAAGAGGUUAUUUACCUGAGUGUGUUGGAGGAGAAGUUUGGUCGUCUGUGGACCCAGUGCCAACGAUGUCAAGGGAGUCUGCAUGAAGAGAUUCUAUGCACAAGUCGAGAUUGUCCGAUCUUCUACAUGAGGAAGAAAGUGCAGAAGGAUCUGGGAGACCAAGAUGCAAUCGUCCAGCGAUUUGGCAACCCAGCCUGGUGAGGGACGACCCAGGGUGAGCUAUCAACAAUAACAACAACAAACAACAACAACAACAAACAACAACAAUAAUAGCAAGACAAGUUCUCAAAAGAAGAUAAUCUACCCAGCCAUGUCCUGCGCUGACAUUGUUCGGUCUGGAGUUUUUUCGAUAUCUCAAAAACGUGACUUCUUAUUGAAAUGAAAUUUUCACUGGUUAUAAUUUUUAUAGUAUACAAUUGCAUUUAUGUAGGAUUAAAACAAUUGAACAGUUCCUUUUGGUAGAAAAAAAAUGCUGGCAACGAAUUUGAGUACAACGCUUCGACCCAAACCAUUUAGUACCAUUCCUUAUCAAAAAAUAAUGGUCUAUAAUUGCCCGUAAAGAUAAAGGCCCUUUUAAGUUGUCAUAGCGCCCUCUGUUGGCUGAUUCUAACCAUCCAAAAUGACUUCUGGUUGUGAAGACAGAUAACUACCAACUCUCCUUGAUUCUAACAUGACCAGCGCCUUUAAACCACAAACUUCUCUCGUUCAUUUUCACAUCGUGUCAAUUUCUGUUCUGAGAAACGAGCAGUUUUAGUUUAGUUGCGCUUCCGGAAAAACCACGCUGGUAUUAUUCAGUAGGACUGGUAUGAACAUCUUUCAAAGAAAUUCUUUUGUCUUAAUUUUCGUUUAUGUAACAAAGGAAGGAGUACUUUCGCUACCAGUUUGGUUUGGGAAGGGCUGUUCUUUUUAAAAAGCACAGGGACUGUCGUCAGUGACUGUCAAAGGCUAGUAUCAACACUUUAUCUGACUCAUAUCAACAUUUUUAGUUGACACAAGAUACCUGCGAAAGUCGAACCUCAAUCGAUCAUUGGAGUCAUGAGAAACUAGUGAAAACCUCAUUACUCAUUUAAGUCAGCGUGGACAAGUGGUUAGACUGCAGGACUUGUAAUCACAUGGUUGUGAGUUCGAAC